UGAUUUCAGUCUGGCUCCAGUCUUGUCACAGGAGUGAGGGGCGCCUUUUCGCUGCUCUGGCGCUCUGGGAAUACUAACCGUUUGGCGAAGAAAACUAGCUUAAACUAACAACACUCUCUUCUUCACUGCGAGUUUACCGCUUCUCCUCUGCUAGAACAUCUCACCUGAAAGACUUACGACGUAUUGUUUUGUUUCCCACAGUGGACACACGAAGGAAACAGUAAGAUACACUGACAGGUGCUCUCUGAAGCCUGUACCAAGCUGGUGCUGGUAUCUACCUGCUCAGAGGAUCGCUGCAGUCAGACUGUUUGAAAGUGGAGGAAGUUUGUUGAAGUCUGAACGCUCUUAGAGAGAGAACCUCAACAGGGGGUCUCCGCCCCUAACGCCCCACCAACCAAGAUCCAAGAUCCCGCCUCCCCCCUUUGCUGAGGUCAUUUCCUGAGAGAAGUGGGAGGAUAAAGAGUGGUGGAUAGAGAUAUCAUUGGAUGUGACAAAACCUGUCUGUGGGAGGUGAAUCUGCUGUGGGCCAUGUGUUUCUAGUGAGGUCACAUCUUCUGCCAAAAUGAGGCUGAUGCCCGGCUCGCCUCCACCUGUCCUGCCAGCCAUCUUGGCUCUCACCUUAGCCGCCUUCUUACCUCAGCUGUCCUCAGGAGCCACGCCGUUCCCCCAAGACCUGGAACCAAUCAGCAUUGUGGGCAGAGAAUCCUCCUACCUCUACCCCAGCUUCCAGGGACUCAUGUCGGACAAUGACACUGUCCGCCUGGGCCUGGACUUCCAGAGGAUGCUGAGGAUCAACCACAUGCUCUACAUAGCUGCCCGGGACCAUGUGUUCGCCAUCAAUCUUGACGUUUCAUCUGAGCAGAUAAUCCCACGGCAGAAACUGACUUGGAAGACGAAGGAUGUGGAGAAGUGCACUGUGAGAGGGAAAAACAGCGACGAAUGUUACAACUACAUCAAAGUGCUGGUGCCACGCAAUGACGAGACGCUUUUCGCCUGUGGCACCAAUGCAUUCAACCCCACCUGCCGUAACUAUAAGAUGGCCACACUGGAGCAGGAGGGGGAGGAGGUAGUGGGACAGGCUCGCUGUCCCUUUGAGUCCCGCCAGUCCAACGUUGGCCUCUUUGCAGGUGGUGAUUUCUACUCAGCCACUAUGACUGACUUCUUGGCAAGUGAUGCAGUCAUUUACAGAAGUCUGGGAGAAAGUAGCCCUGUCCUACGUACAGUCAAGUAUGACUCCAAAUGGCUGCGAGAGCCACAUUUCCUCCAUGCCAUUGAGUAUGGGAACUACGUGUACUUUUUCUUCAGCGAGAUCGCAGUGGAGUACACCACUCUUGGAAAGGUGGUUUUCUCCAGAGUUGCUCGUGUUUGUAAGAAUGACAACGGUGGUUCCCCGAGAGUGCUGGAACGUUACUGGACGUCCUUCCUCAAAGCCCGACUGAACUGCUCUGUCCCGGGAGACUCUUUCUUCUACUUUGACGUCCUGCAGUCGCUGACCAACGUGCUGCAGAUAAACCACCGGCCGGCGGUGCUCGGCGUCUUCACCACACAGGCAAACAGUAUCACCGGCUCAGCAGUCUGUGCUUUCUACAUGGACGACAUAGAGAGGGCCUUCAGUGGCAAAUUCAAAGAGCAGAGGAACAGUGAGUCAGCGUGGACACCUGUUCCAGAGGAGCAAGUCCCGAAACCAAGGCCGGGCUGCUGCGCUGGUGAGGGCUCAGCGGCUGCCUACAAGUCGUCCACCACCUUCCCUGAUGAAACCCUGACUUUCAUCAAGUCCUACCCACUCAUGGACGAGUCGGUCCCCUCAGUCAACGACAGACCCUACUUCACCCGCACCACCAGCAGAUUCAAGUUGACCCAGAUAGCGGUGGACACGUCUGCAGGGCCUUAUAAGAACUACACGGUGGUUUUUCUGGGCUCAGACAACGGCCAUGUGCUGAAGAUCCUGGCCAGCACUGAGGGAGCCAAUGCAUCCUUCAGCACACAACUCCUGGAGGAUAUCGACGUCUACAACCCUAACAAAUGCAAUGUGCGAGGGGAGGACAGGAGGGUGCUGGGUCUCGAGUUGGACCGGGAUCAUCAUGCAUUGUUCGUGGCCUUCUCCAGCUGUGUGAUCCGCGUGCCACUCAGCCGCUGCGCUGACUACAGCACCUGCAAGAAAAGCUGUCUGUCUUCACGGGACCCAUAUUGCAUUUGGCUCAAGUCAGGCAGCUGUGCCACGGUCUCACCUGGUUUCAAAGGUGGGUUUGAACAGGAUGUGGAGAACGGCUACCAUCAGCACCCUGAUACCUGCCACGAUGUCCUGGCGACCACUCGCAAGCAAAACACAGCGCUAGAUUCAGCGUAUGGAAAGACCACACCCACAAGCGCCAGCACAACCUAUCAUGGGGCGGCAUUCCCAAAGGAGGCAGGUGACCCUGAAAGAGGUACAGGUCCUGAUGGCCCUCCCCCAGUGGGGGAACAAGGGUCACCUGACUCGGAGCCAAUCAGUGUGGAGAUGGAGGGUGUGAGGCGGCCACCAGAGCUGGAGAAGACCAAUCACAGUGUCCAUUAUACUCUCCUGAUCGCUUGUGUUUUGGUGGCCUUCGUCCUUGGCGCCUUUCUCUCUGGCUUCCUGGUCUCAUGCUACUGUAACCACACAGGCCACAAGACCAAGAAGUUGUCAAAAGAUCCCGAGGCCCCAAUCCCACACGCCCUGUCCCUCCGCAGCCUGGCCAAGCUCAAUGGCCUCCUGGACAGCCAAAGUAAGGACGACAAGCUGGAGGUGUCCUCUCCAAAGAUCUACAAUUCGUUCUUUGCCAACAGCAAGGAGCAUCACCCACCUAGGAGAAAUGGCCAUCAUGGAAUGACAAUGGGAGACCUGGUUCACCCCCACCAUCACCACCUUCACCAUUCCUCAGAGCUCUCCGGUCUACCAACACCAGACUCGACCCCAGAACUGCCCAUCAAGAGCAUGAAAGCCUUCAAGAACCAGUGGGAGAAGAACCAGAACUGCAACAAUGCCAAAGAACCAAAGUCCCACAACAUCGGCUCCAGGCCUAGCUCGGCCCUGCUUCACCAGCAGGUCUUCCCCUACUCUCAUGGCCUGUCCAAUGGGCAGCCACUAGUUGGAGGUCACCUCCAUCCUGAGGAACGCAAAAUCCACAAUGUUGAACGUGUUCUAUCUCAGCAGCCUUACCCUGGUUACUCACAGAAGGUGAUGGAGGUAACCUCACUGGAUGAGCUCCUGAAGCACAUCCAUGAGGCAAGCGGCAGUAAGAACUCCCAGUUAAUGAGCCCAUCAGGUCUGAUGGCCAGUGGUGGCGGAGGCCAGCUAGCCUUCGCCAACCGCAUCCAACCUCAGAUCCCUGAGACAGAAUCAGCCCCCUACUACAGCUCAUCCACUUUACCUCGAGACAGCCUCACCCGACGCAUGGAUGUUCCUCCUGACAUCCCCCCACACCACCAGUCCACCUUGGAGAGGAGGCACUCCUCCCAGAGGCACUCGCUGAUUGCUGCAGCCACCAAGAUGCCCAAUGGAGGUGGAGUAGGAGGAGGAGGAGGGGGAGGGGGAGGAGGAAUGAUCCCUCGCCAGCACAGCUUCAGCCAACGAAAUGGAGGGCCCCACCAGCCGCCUCCCCUACUGGCUCGGAUGAACUCGACGGGCAGCGCCUGUGAGGUCCACUACCCCCUCAUCCCCAGUGGGUACCUGACACGCCAGCACAGCUACAAUGGAGAGCAGGAGGUCCCACACAGGGGCGCCAUUGUCCGCCGGGCUUCCUCUCUCAAACCCGAUGUCCCUCCUAAGCCCCUGUUCAUACCUGCCACGUCCCCAGUCAACCAACAGGGGAAGUUCAACUACUGAGGAGGUUCACUCCUGAACUAGAGAGGGUUUCUCUCAUUGUGUCUUCUCAAAGGACCUUACCUUUGAAGAAAUGCAUUGGGUUCGAGGUUGCAGACCUUCACAAGAAAACACAACACGUGACAGCCAGUGUCACUGUGGACAAAAGCCUCAACCAAACUUGAUUUUUUUCCCCUUCUUUUUGUCCAGCGAAUAUCUUUGUACCAUAUUGGUAUUGCUCAGCUACUUGCUUAUUAUAGAACCGCUGACUUGGGUGACGUGACGCCACCUCCUUAUAUUAGGCUGCCAAUGUCCUCAGUGUGGAUUUACAAUGCAACUUAGUUUUUGGACGCGUUGAUGUUGGAAAAACUUAACUCAUCAGUCAUCUUGAACUCUUAAAAGCCCGAGGCUCCUGCGAUGCUUAGAUUCAGGCUUUUGCUUAACCUUUUCUGAUGUAGUGUUGGUAACCAGUCCCCACCCGCCCCACCCUCGAAUGUGUUUAUAUUAUGCAUGUGUGUGUAUAUAUAUGUGUGUUUAUAUCCACACCGUAUAUGUAUACAUAUACAUAUGCAGUAUAUGUAACCUGUGGUGAAAAAUCAGAAAUUCCCCUGAAAGUAGUUAUGUCUUUGCCUUACUAUACUCUUUCAUCUUUGGGCAUAUCAAACGAUCCCCCCACCCCCUAAGAAAUAUCUUAGGGACACCAAAUCAUGCACUUCAUCAAUACAAGUCAUUGUCAGUUGGCUAAACACAAUGAACCAAAUUUGUUGGUGUUGACAAGAGAAAUGAAAUCCUUCAACAAAGCAGCUAUACUCGUCUUUUCCCUCUUUUCUUUUGCUGUCCCAGCAGAUGUCAGGUCAGAAGUGACGUAAUCGGGUCCAUUUAAGUUCCUCGGAGAAUGUUUCUAUAAGAUUGGUGCUCCACAAAUCUAGUGGGUCUAACAUCCUCUGAAAUGGAAAUAAACUAUACUGUAUACGCUGACAUAUUUUGGACCCAAAGAGGACAAGACAAAACAUGCCAUGCCAUCUGGCAUCAUGAGAAUGAACAUUAAAACAUAGAAUGGACUGCAGUUAUUAUAAUUAUUAACUUUGUGGCUAUUGGUUGUAAAUAAAGGAAUAAUUACUAGCCAAAUUUUAACUGUAUGUGUAAAUGUGUGCCUUAUUUAAUAAUAGUGUGUGACAUGGGGGUAGGGGUUAAUGCAAGGGGCUCAGAUGGCUACUAUGCUACAGUAUAUUGUAGGUGUUUCAUUUUCUAUGGUCGUCAGUAUGUGUCAUACAGUAUCUAUUGUAUAUUUGAAGAGUUUCAUUCCAGAAUGAGAUAUUUGUCAUUUAAAAAGUUGUCACCUGUUCUGAUAAACUGGUAACUGUGAAUAUGAUUGUAACACUUAUUAUAGAAUCAUAUUUUAUGUUAUAUCUUGAGUAUGUUGAGCCUUUUUUUCUUUUCUUUUUUUUAACAAAGGAAUAUUUUACAAAUUUUCAUAGGUUUUUUUUUUUAAAAGAUGGAUACAGUGUUUUGGAAUGAAACCCUUCAUUUCGCUUUGUUGUUACUGUUUUUUUUAGCAUCCCAAAAGUGUGAGCCUGCAGAUGUUUUUUGGGAGUGUUGGGUAAAGCAAGUACACACAGCCUACGACUGCAGACAUUCAGGUUUGACUGCCUCCGUAUUUUGUCACUUUCCACUGGGUGUCACUUUCCCUAUAGGUGCCAUGGUUAACUUUUGUUUUUCUUUCAGCAGUAGCAUUAGCAUCACUUUGGGUUUCUAAAGGAGCACCUCACAGUUCCUCUUAAGUUAUCACCUACAGGCCUGUAGCCAUUGUAGAAGUCACAUUUAACCGAUGGAUGAAGCAAAUAUGUGGCAUUUUGCUCCAGUUCUGAAUAAUAGGAAUUUUAGUUUUAGUUCUUAUUUAGUGGAAAUAGUUGAGGAAAAAAUGUGUUACACCAUAUAGUUUUGGUUUUGUAUAAAAAUCAGAGAAUAAAUGUAGAAAGAGACAGGAAGCUGGACUUCUACAGUGGUUACUUCUGUAGAUUUUGACUUACCUGGUGUCACCGGGUGUCAACUUCAACACAGGAAGUAACUAAAUGGGAGUAGAGAUAAUACAAUUUCUGUCAUGUUGAAUAUGUUGAAAAAUGGAGAAGUGCAAUGAACUCCGAUCCGACAAGCUGAGAUUGUCUCUUGGAUCAAUACUUGGGAGGCAAUCGUGGAACAGGUUCCCAGGUGGCCGCACUGCCGAACAUCUUCUGAGGGUUUCCCUCAGGGAUGUUGAUGAUGCUAGUCGGCCCUGCCUCAGAAUUAUCACACCUUCAAGACUCUCUGCUGUUGCACUUUUCAGCAGAGUCACUUUGGCCAUGGUUGACUGGAACCGUGAUCAAUUCUGUGAAAACAGCACUAUGCUAUUUACUGUAUCUGAAAGUGGUGUUUAUUGAUUGAAAUUUCCCAGAGCUUAUUCGACCCACUGCAAAGUUUACAAUUCAUACUCCAACUCCAGUAAAUGAAGGAAAAUAUGGCUGACCGCAAUGUUUGAAAAAAAAGUUGAUUUGAAUUUUAACAGGCAGCAGAGCAUUAAAUAGGCUUUGAAACAAAAAAUAUAAAACAUCCAACUUGAUAAAAGGUCAUGCCCGUAAUGUUUCAUCAGAGGAAUUGUGUCAGCUACCGUGCUUGAGGAGUGUUUUUCUUUUUUUUGUUUUUUUAAUAUCUGCCGGUGACAGAUUGUAUGGGAGAGGGAGCGUUCUCACCUCUAAAAGCUCUAUCAGUAUUUGAUUUGGUGUAAAUACAUUCUAUCUGGGCGGGGUCUCAUUGAUUCAGUAUUAUAUUUUUUUUCUGUUUGAUUUUUAGGCUAUGCCUCUUGAAUUACUAUGAAUUUGGUCUCACAAAAUACCAUUGUAUGUCUCUUAUACUAGGAAUAAAAUGAAAAUAUGA